AAUCCCAGUCCCAGAAAUCAGUCAAACGCCGUAGGUCAAAAUUCAAGCACCUCAAAGCCUCGUUUCCCCGGUUUCCGAACUUUUCCGGAUCCAGACAGUCCAGCCCUUCCGUAGAUCCAUGGGUACAGUGGUCUCCACCCUGCAGCGCCCCACCCCCCUUGUGAGCAUGGACAGCACGCAUGCGCAGUUCGUCCGGGAAACCAUCAACGGCAACAAGGUGGUCAUCUUCAGCAAGACCUACUGUCCCUACUGCAGCAUGGCCAAGGAGCAGUUCCGGAAGAUCAACGUCAAGGCCACGGUCGUGGAGCUGGACCAGCGGGACGACGGCAACGAGAUCCAGGCGGUUCUGGGCGAGAUGACGGGUUCGAGGACCGUUCCGCGGUGCUUCAUCGACGGCAAGUUCGUGGGCGGCGGCACCGAUGUGAAGCGCCUUUAUGAGCAGGGCAUCCUGCAGAAGUACUUCCAGUGAGAAAUGGGGCAUCCUGCACAGGAUCUUCCAUCUCAGUUUUGUUCUUGCGGCACAAUAAAACAAUUUCAG